UAGGUCUCACAGCAGGAAGCGCAAACAGUAGCCUACGAACUAAUAAGGCAAGAAGAAAAGGAAAGAGAGAAAACAAAUCUACACUUUGAGGACCAUCGCUUCUAAAUACAGAGAUCCAGGACUUGAGACGGCCAACACAUCCUGGACAUACUGAAGACUGCAGCUGAAUGCUUCUUACUUUGGGACGACUGAGCUUUGUAAACACAGGCGUUUCCAGGGAGACGCUACAGAAGCCCCCGUUAAGAUAACCCUAGCACCCUCGAGCAAAUUUACCCUUUAGCUACCACAGUGAAAAAUGGCUGUUGCCUCCAUGAAGUCGUAUCUUCAAAAAGUGAAACCAGCCCCCAGAUCAAUUUGUUGAAGAAAAUAUAAUAACAGGUGCUAAAUAUCCAUCUGUUAGACAUUGUGCACUGCCAGACAGAUAUCAACCAUGACAUUGUGCACUGCCAGACAGAUAUCAACCAUGACUUGGAAGACAACUGGAGUUCUUAUUGUCUUCUUACUUGCACUUGUUGCAGAAUCCACCUUGUCUCUUCCUACUCUUAUGACAGUGAUUUUAAAUGACCCUAUCACACUCCCCGUCUCUGGACUAUGCCAUGAUGGUGUCAUCGAGUGGAGGCAUUAUCAGGAUGGUCCAUCAGGGGGCAUCAUCAAGAAGACAGUUGCUGAACUGGACCGAGGGGUUUUAACCUCCGGAGAGGGCUAUGAGAACAGGGUUGAACUCCAGAAUGGAAACCUCUCUCUCACCAUCUCCUCAGCUGAGUACAAUGACAUGGGGUGGUACGAGUGUGUCUGCAACAACAACGUUUUACACGAUGUAAAACUAGAAGUUUUGGUCCCCACUAAAAAAUCUGCCCACGUUGGAGAAAAUGUCACUCUUCAAUGCCAUGGCAUAACUGACAGUGAAAUAAACUUCCAUUGGCAAAAAGAUGUUCGAACGUCUGUGCUGAAGGUCGAAGCAGGACAUGCUACCUUUGACCCUGGGUUUGAGGACAGAGCAUCUGUAUCCAAGGAUGGCUACAGUAAAGGGGAUCUUUCCCUCACCCUCACUAGCAUAACUCUAUCUGAUCAGGGGACCUACCAGUGCUUCGUCGGCCCUGACAAACAGACGAGAGGAAACCCUGAAGCUGUCACUCUCACCAUCACUGUUCAAGACAAGCCCUCUGAGGACACAGGCACAUGGUCCCCGUGGAUACAGGUGGUGCUCAUUGUUGUUUUCUGUGUAGGCCUCUGGUCUGGAGUGAAUUCCCAAAGAUUUUUAUCACCUGUCAUCAGUUUUCUCCGUAGAUGGAAAUCACAUUCAGAUAUGUGUAGUCAGUACAGACCAGGAGAGAUCAGAACUCAAGCGGAUGUUGUAAGAAAGGUUGAGGAUCCUAUUGAUGUAAAUGAGAGGGGAGUCCAGGCCAGAGCAAGGCAGAGGUCCUGGAACAGUACAGUACCUUCAGAAAUUAUUCACACCACUUGACCUUUUCCACAUGUUGUUGUGUUACAAGGUGGGAUUAAAAUGGAUUUGUCUUUUUUUUUGUCAACAAUCUACACAAAAUACUCUAAAUUCAAAAAUCUAACAUUUGCAAAAAUGAAAAAGAAAACACUAAUAUAUCUUCAUUAGAUAAGUAUUCAAUCCCCAAGUCAAUACAUGUUAGAAUCCCCUUUGGCAGUGAUUACAGCUGUGAGUCUUUCUGGGUAAGUCUAAGAGCUUUCCACACCUGGAUUAUACAAUAUUUGCCCCUUUAUUAUUUUCAAAACUCAAGCUCUGUCAAAUUGGUUGUUGAUCAUUGCUCGACAACCAUUUUCAGGUUUUGCUAUAUACAGUGGGGAGAACAAGUAUUUGAUAACCUGCCAAAUCGGCAGUGUUUCCUACUUACAAAGCAUGUAGAGGUCUGUAUGCAAUAAAAUGCAAAUUAAUUACUUUAAAAAUCAUACAAUGUGAUUUUCUGGAUGUUUGUUUUAGAUUCCGUCUCUCACAGUUGUAGUGUACCUAUGAUUAAAAAAAAUAGACCUCUACAUGCUUUGUAAGUAGGAAACCUGCAAAAUUGGCAGUGUAGCAAAUACUUGUUCUCCCCACUGUAUUUUCAAGCAUAUUUAAGUCAAAACUUUCUCGCCACUCAGGAAUUUUCACUGUCGUCUUGGCAAGCAACUACAGUGUAGAUUUGUGCUGAAAGGUGAAUCUCUGUGUCUGGUGGAAAGCAGACCGAACCAGGUUUUCCUCUAAGAUUUUGCCUGUGCUUUGCGCCAUUCCGUUUAGAUUGUAUCCUAUAAAACUCCCAGUCUGGUUCAAAUCCUGGCUGUAUCACAUCCAGCCGUGAUUGGGAGUCCCAUAGUGUGGCCCAGCUUCGUCCGGGUUUGGCCGGGGUAGGCUGUCAUUGUAAAUAAGUAUUUGUUCUUUACUGACUUGCCUGGUUAAAUAAAUAAAAAUAUAUACAAAUAACAUGAUGUUGCCACCACUAUGCUUGAUGGUACUCAGUAAUGUGUUAUAUUGGAUUUGCUUCAAACAUAACACUGAAUUCAGGAGAAAAUACUUAAUUUCUUUGUUUGCAGUUUUAGUUUGCCUGUUUUGGAAUAUUUAGGAUUCUGUACAGCCUUCCUUCUUUUUACUCUGUCAUUUAGGUUAGUAUUGUGGAGUUACUACAAUGUUAUUGAUCCAUACUCAGUUCUCCUAUCACAGCCAGUAAACUCUAUAAACUGUUUUAAAGUUACCAUAGACCUCAUGGUCAAAUUCCUGAGCUGUUUCCUUCCUCGCCGGCAACUAAGUUAGGAAGGACGCCAGUAUCUUUGUAGUAACUCAGUCUAUUGAUAUAGUGGAAUUAAUAACUUCACCAUGCUUAAAGGGAUAUUCAAUGUCCGUUAAUUUCUUCCCCACUGAUGUACCUAUAGGUGCCCUUCUUUGUGAGGUAUUGGAAAACGUCCCUGGUCUUCGUGGAUGAAUCUGUGUUUGAAAAUCACUGCUCGACUCAGGGACCUUACAGAUAAUUGUGUGUGGGGUACAGAGAUGAGGUAUUCAUUCAAAAAUCAUGUUAAACACUAUUAUAGCACACAGCGUGAGUCCAUGCAACUUGUGUGACUUGUUCAGCAAAUGUUUACGCCUCAAUUUAUUUAGGCUUGCCAUAACAAAGGGGUUGAAUACUUAUUGAUUCAAGACAGUUCAGCUUUUCACUUUUAAUUUACUUGUAAAACAUAUUUCUAAAGGGUGUGAAUACUUUCUGAAGGCUCUGUAGGCCAUGAUUAAAGCUCAAUGUUAAAUUGAAAUCAUCAUACCGUAGCUAAUCCAAUAUGAUACCAAUGUCGUUGAAAAUCCAAAUCUCGUCAUGAGCCGUCCGGCCGUUACCGAGAACCACAUACUGGAU